AUGUCAUAAUUGUUAGAUUCGGUUUUACGGCAAUAACGAUAAAGGAAGUAAGUAGCUUUAUUAUUAAGAGUCAAACUGUAAAAGGAAUUUUGAAAUUCCGUUAAGACUAUGCAAUCCCACAAUCUGAUAACAACAGCGAAGACGCAUCCUUCGAGCCUAACUUUACUUCCAAUAGAAAGAUCGAAUUAUAAUAGCCAGAAAAAUAGUCUUUUAAAGGUGAUUGUUUGAGUCCUGAUCCUGAUGAUGACGAUGACAGUAUAGGUAUACUACAAGUUGAAACAAAAUAAAAAGUUAAUUUGUGGGUUCAUGGUGGAUUAAGGAUUAUGUUUUAUAUAACCAAAUUUAGUAAGCAAAUGAAAACCUAUUCAACCGAAGUUAAGUUCAAAUCUUUAACCAAUAAUAUUCUCAAUUUGAUAUCAGACUCUGCUAGUGAUGCAGAUAUUUUACUUCACAGAUUAAAUAAAGUCUAGUAAGUAAUGUAAUCUUUUAAAUGGUUUAUAAAUUAAGUACCAGUACUUGAUCCUGAUUCAGUCAUAAAAGUACUUUGGGAUAUAUUUGUUUUAACCUAAAUCAUCAUUAAUAUUUUCUACAUUCCCAUGAAAUUAGGGUUUGACUUUGAAAGGGAAGAUUUAUUGACUGGAAUAUUCUUGGAAACCUUACCUUCUUUGACGUUUGUAAUGGAUAUAGUAUUGACAUUCUUCACCGCCUAUUAUAGUUAAGGACAAAUACAUAGAGACAAGCAAUAAAUACUUAAACACUAUGUAAAUACAAAUUUCGUCUGGGAUUUAAUGAUUGUUAUACCAUUUAUCUUAUCUUCCUAUUCAGUCCCUUACACAGAAUAUAUAUUACUACUCAGAGUGACAAAGGUUAAAUCGAUGAUUGAAUCAAUAGAAGAAGUGACAAAUCCUUCAAAUAAUAUUUAAACAAUUUUGGAGCUAUUCAAAUCCAUUUUCUUAGUUUCAUUUGUAUCCCAUUUUUGUGCGUGUUUGUGGAAUCUGAUUGGAGAGAAUGAAUUAGAUUCAGGAUAAAAUUCUUGGUUAAUUGCCAAAAAUAUUACAGAGGCUGAUUGGUCCACUAAAUACAUCCAUGCCUUCUAUUUUAGUACAAUAACAACUUUGACGAUUGGCUAUGGCGAUAUUGUUCCUCAAACAGAUCUUGAAAGAAUAUAUGUUAUAAUAAUGGCAAUGGUUAUUUGUGGAUUGUUUGGCUAUACUAUAUCUAGUAUAGGCAAUAUUUUAAAAUAGCUUACUGAAAAGGAAUAACAAUUUAAAUAGUAAAUGAUGCACAUCAAUAGUUUUCUAAAAAAGAAGAAAAUCAACAAGUAGUUGAUGUUACAAGUUAGAAAAUAUUUUGAAUAUUAUCUAAAAAUGGAACAAGAGUAUAAUGAAUACGGUGAAAAAAUGAUGAGCAAUCUAGAUAAGAAAUUAAAAGAAUAAGUGGCAAUAGAUAUGUAUUGUGAAAUGUUGAAAAAGUCAAGACUCAUCAGAUAGACUUUAUCCUUAAAGAGUGUCUAAAAAUUAUGUUCAUAUGUACACGAGAUAAAGGUGCCUCCAGAAGAGAUUGUUGCUUAUUAGCACGAAUAAGCUAAUAAAUUAAUUUUUCUAUAAAGGGGUGAAUUAAGUUUGAUAUGUAUCUAUAUGUUCUUUGUUGAUUAGGUGAUCAAAAGUUAAGAGAAACUACAUUGACAAAAAUAGAGAAAGGAAAGUUUGUAGGAGAAAAGGAGUUUAUUACAUAGGCACGAUAUGAAUAUACAAUUAGAUCAGUUAAGUUUUGUCAAAUUGCUUUUGUAAAGUAAUUAAUCAAAAGCAUAUUCUAGUUAUGAUGAUUUUUUAAGGAUAAUUAGGGAAGAUUCAUUAGAGGAAGAAAAUUAUUGUAUGCUGAGAGAUUAGAUGUUAUUUACAGAAGAAAAAUAAAAUUAUGGUGAAGUUUGUUACAUAUGUAAAUGGACACAUUAAUUUAAAAAGUAAAUUGCCUAUCUAAUUAGAUGUCCGUUAGUGUUUGUUCAUUUUAAUUAGGAUAGAAUUAGAAAGAAAUUUAUGAUAACAGAAGAUAUGAAUAGAUCAUAUCAUAAAAGGAGGGUCGAUAAGAAAAAUCAUGAAAAGAAUAUAAUAAGGGAACAUGCAUUGGCUUUGAUUGUCAAUGAGAAUAUGCUUGCAAUUGAUGAUUUAACUGAUCAAUAUUUAGAUAUGUUAGGAUUCAAUGUGGAUGAUGAUGAAGGUGAAAGACUAAUUAAAUCAAUAAGGACUCAAAAAUCUAGCAAAUCUUUUAUAAGAGGACUAACAGGUUUGGAAUAAAUGAAUAGUGAAUCUUCAGAAAAUGCUGAUGAUCCUGAUGUGGUAUUAAAUUCAUCGAAAACUCCAAAAUCAUCUCGAUAUAUUCAGUUACAAAGCAUAGAGCAAAAGAAGGUUAAGUUUUCUGAUAUUUCUGAACCUGAACCCAAAAAUUUAAGAGCAUAAAACUCAUUUAAAAGGAAAGCAGACAAUAGACAUAGGACCUUUAAGAGAUUAACCCAAGUCUCUAAUAACAGAUUCACUAAUAUUUCUAUAAUCACUUCAGAAUAACAUUACCAAAAUCAAUCUGGUUCUAUUUAAAACUCAAUUGUCCAAAGAGUAAGAAAGAAUAAUUCUAAUUCAUGUACAAACUUUGAUUAAGAAAUGCAAUAUAAAGCUUAAUCUAAAUUGGAAAUUGUUGCCAGUAAUGUUGUUAAUUAAUUGGAUGAGGUCCUCUCUCAUAAGUAAGGUGAGAACAAAUAACAAAGAGUUGAUUUUGAAUUAGAUAGAUAUUUUAUAACUACUUAUUACUUCACUAGUUACAAUCUGGAUAAGGUUCUAUAAAAACUCAAAAAGCCAAAAAAAGCAUCAAGAUCCGAUCAUCUUUAAAGCAUUAUUAGAAAGUCCAAAAUAAAGCCAAGCCUUUAUAGUCCUAGGUCAGAUUAAUGA